UUCAAGCUUUAAAUUUCCAUAUUAACAUGUAGUUCGAACGUUUAUUUACUCGUAGGUGCGCGUUCAAAGAAAACCAUUUGUCGUAAAGUUUCGCUCAAUCAAUGAAUUUUUCAACAUAGAUCGCUUAUGUAACGAGGAAAAUUUGCGUAGGCGCCAUUCAAUUAAUCAUACAGCACAAAAAUGGCCCUGAAUUCGGUGAAAAAUUUAUUUAAAAAAUAUCCACUGGCCUCGAACUGCGUUACGUACGGUUCGAUGUGCGUUGGCGCUGAAUUUUCGCAACAAUUCAUCAAGAAACGGAUUUUAAAAUCACCAAACACUGAUGAAAAAAUAGAUAUCGAAGCACUGAAAAGAUACUCAGUAAUUGGAUUUGUUAUUAAUCCGAACAUAUUAUAUUUCUGGUACAAAUGGUUGGACAAAGCGUACGUGGGCACAGCUACGAAAAUAGUUGUUAAAAAAGUUCUCAUGGAUCAAUUUCUGAUGACGCCGCCACUAUACGUAGUAUUUUACACAGCUAUGAGUCUAAUGGAAGGAAAACAGGAUCUCCUUGAAGAAUGUAGAUCUAAGUUCAUACCAACGUUUCAAACAAGUUGUUUGUUUUGGUUGCCAGUACAGACUAUUAAUUUUUUGUUUGUUCCAAAUACGAUUCGAGUAGCGUAUGUGGGAACGUGUUCAUUUGUAUGGAUUAACAUAUUAUGCUGGAUCAAAAGGAAGGAAUUAUAGAGAAUUUUGCAUUUUAAACGAUAUAGGUGUAAUAUUUUGCGAGGAAUAUAGUGUUGUAUCAGCUCAAAUAGAUUUACCUAGUUGAUGAGUAUUGCGAAAUUAUUAUACGUUGUAAGUUGUAUUACAAGUUAUUCGUAUCGUAUUAUAGAUGGAUAGGUACGAUGCAAUGGCAUAGUAAUCGAGUUGGAUUAAGAAAUUUGUAUAUUGGAUGUGUGCGAAUGUAAUCCUUUUAUAUA